AUGGGCAUCUUUUGGGUUUAUAUUGGAUUCCAUUUCUUCAUAGUAUUUUACAUACAGCAAGGACUUUCUUCUCAAGCCAAAUUUACUGAAUUCCCUCAGAAUAUCACAGCUACUGAGGGGCAGAAUGUGGAGAUGUCUUGUGCAUUCCAGAGUGGCUCUGCCUCAGUGUACCUGGAAAUCCAGUGGUGGUUUCUGAGGGCAACUGAGGACCAAGAAGCUGGAGCUGAGUUGACGGACACUCAGGUGGAAUUAUCACCAGAGAGAGACUUGGACAAUGAUGGAACAAAGAUAAGUACAGUGAAAGUACAGGGGAAUGAUAUUUCCCACAAGCUGCAGAUCUCCAAAGUCAGGAGAAAGGAUGAAGGACUGUAUGAGUGCAAAGUGACAGAUGCCAAUUACAGAGACCUUCAAGAAUACAAAGCCCAAGCUUAUCUCAAAGUCAAUGCAAAUAGCCACUCUCGAAGAAUGCAGGCUUUUGAAGUUUCCCCAAUGUGGCUGCAGGAUAAACCUCGCAAGAACAUCUCUGCUGCCUUUUCUAACAGCAUCCAUAAUUCUGCCAGUCAACGUCCCACUUCUAAUCCUACAGCAAAUGCCAAAAUCACCAAGCAAAGCCCACAAUCAGGUGCAAGGAUAGCUACAAGCCAUGGACUUUCUGUCCUACUUCUUGUUUGUGGCUUUGUGAAGGGUGCUUUGCUUUGA